AUCCUUCUCCCUCUUUCAGGCGAUCAUGGUCCAGGCAACGCCCGCAGCUCCACCAGAAGAUGUCGCGCACGACCAUCUCUGCCCCAUCUGCCAGCUUCUCCUCUACACUCCCGUGAGAACUCAAUGCAACCAUCUGCUAUGCACAUCGUGUAUGGCACAAUGGGCGGAUGCAUCCUCUACCAACCAGAUUGAGCAUUCGAGCCUGGAUGUGCACCUCGCAGACUUUGAUCCCAACUAUGAUCCCAGCUACGACCUUGAAGCCAACUGCCCCAUGUGCAGGACACAUACAACAGCAUCUCCGGAUAAGCGUCUGGCAAGACAGUUGGAGGCCCAGUAUCCCGUGACUUAUGCGGAAAGACGUGUAGAAGAGGAAGUCGAUAGGGGGUCUCGUAUUGGACAAGAUGGUGUCGAGGGCGUCAUGAUUCUUAUAGGGAAUAAGCAUCGGCUGAUCAGGAACCCUGGUAGUGCAAAUGAACAUCUUUGGACGUUUUUUGUACGCACAUCAAGGCCGGAACUUAUUAAGGAAGUGCAUAUUUAUCUGCAUCCCACAUUCCGACCCAGCCACCAUGUUCUCCGAACCGCACCGUACGAGUUUGAAGCACAAGGCUGGGGCUUCUUCACUAUUAAGUCCAAAAUCGUCCUAAAGGCGCCGUACAACUGGAUCAUUGACAAUUCUGGAACCAAAAAGCAGGGACUCGAACUGUCGUGGACUCUUGACUUUGAGGGCAGAGGCAGGCAGGGUCGAGUAAGGGCCAAGGUAAAGAAAUUCGAGGCCGAAACCGCUCCAACUGGCCGCACGUUGAGGUCAAGGCACAUACCUGCUACGACCGAACCGGAGGCAGACAAUGAGAACGAGGAUGGCGACGAAGACUCAUCAGAAGAUGGCGUAGAAGAUGAAGGAGACAGCGAGUUCGUCGUACCAUCCCGAAGAUCUCGAAGAUAGCACUUCAGAAUCAAAGUCGAUCCAGCUACUCAAUUCCCACU